GUGUGAGAUUCAUCGUUGUGUGGAGAAGCCAGAACCCGCCAAAAUGUCUAACGACUGGACGCGUCCUUCUAAUAUUGAUUUCCCCACUGUUUGGGGAACAUUUGAGGCUAAACAUCCUGCUUCUGGUGAAAUUUGGAAGUUCCAAGUGCAGGAUUUGCCCGAGGAGCGCUUCGACGAGGCCGAAAACAUCAUGAUAGAGCAUUUUCUCAGUGAAGAAAGCAUGUGUAAAUCCAAAGAAAUCUCCAAAGAUCCCAGUUCUUUGGCUCUUGCACGACUUUACUAUAGGAAAAUGCUUGAGAAGAAGAUAUCCUUGAUCUGUGUUCGGGAAGGAUCUGACGAAAUUGCUGGCAUCAACUGCUUAGAGCCAGCGCAAAAAGGCGACGAGAAGAUCAAUCUUCCUGAAGAUACAGAUGCUGCUGUGCUCGAACUGCAAGUGGCAACAGAUUUCCUGAUGAAUAGUGCUGCGGUGUACGAUAAGUAUUCAGUUGAUAAAUAUCUGUACGCCUGGGGACUCUAUGUGUUUCCUAAGUAUCGCGGAAUGGGAAUUGGCGGGCAGAUUCUCAAAGCUCGCAUACCUUUGGGUAAAGCACUUGGCUUCCGCCUCACCACUACCCUCUUCACCAGUUCAACAUCUCAAGCAAUCGCCAAGAAAGUCGGGUUUGUAGACGAUGUUGUGAUCCCUUAUGAAGACUUAGGGAAGAAGGAGCCUUUUAUCCAAUUCCCCAACAUUUCGUCACCUCUCAUCAAAGUCAUGAGCCUUCGCAUCGACUGACAGAGUGUAUCAUAAUUA